CUGGUUUUAAAAAAAAAAUAUUAUGGGGGAUUCACACAUCGCAUUUGGCGGUUUGGCGGGCAGGAGUUAAAACAAGUGCCGACGCCGUUGCGGAGACGUGCCGCCUCCAACAAACGGGCUCAGACCUGUCAGCAUCCCACCCCUUCCCUUACCUAGGGUAGAGUCAUUUGGCAACCUGCUUGGAAGGGUUUCAGUUGGUACCCCUCCUUAUCAUACGCAUCUCCUACACUCAGUCUCAUGAAGCUCCGGGAAGCGUCCUAGACCCUUGACAUUCUUUCACCUUGGACACCAUUUCCAGAACUGCCUCGUUGCAGGAAUAGCCUCUCCAGGGCCAUUUAUAAUUUCCCCAACAUUUCAGCGGCCGAGCUGCAUUCCCAUCUCGGUCCCGCCAUCUGCCGACAUCGCCCAUCGCCGCCAUGGGGGGCCACCUCGUGACUGUCGCAACAUGUAGCUUGAACCAAUGGGUUCUUGACUGGGAGGGCAACCUAGGCAGGAUCAUCGAAAGCAUCCACCUGGCAAAGGCCGCCGGUGCACGUCUCCGUGUUGGACCUGAACUAGAGAUUACUGGGUAUUCGGCCCUCGACCAUUUCCAUGAGCUCGAUGUCUACACUCACAGUCUGGAAAUGCUCCAGCGGCUCCUACUAGACAAGUCUACUCAUGGCAUCCUGCUUGACGUUGGCUUGCCCAUCCUGCACCGAAACCUGAGAUACAACUGCAGGGUUAUAUGCCUUGACGGAAAGAUCCUCUUGAUUCGGCCCAAGAUGUGGCUUGCCAACGACGGCAACUACAGAGAGAUGAGACACUUCACUCCAUGGAUGCGCCCCAGAGAAACCGAGCUUUUCCACCUGCCUAAGAUCCUGUCGGAAAUUCAAGGCGAAACCCACGUCUUGUUUGGUGAUGCUGUCAUUUCCACCCCCGAGACUGCUUUUGGGGCAGAGACUUGCGAGGAACUCUUUACUCCCCGUGCCCCACACAUUGACAUGGCCCUUGAUGGGGUGGAAAUUAUCACAAACAGUUCCGGCUCCCACUUCACCCUGAGGAAGCUCGAUACCCGCCUGCAGCUCAUCACCGAAGCUACCAGGAAGAAUGGCGGCAUCUAUCUUUAUGCCAAUCAACAAGGCUGCGACGGCGAGAGGCUCUACUUCGAUGGUUGCGCCAUGAUCAUAGUGAAUGGUGACGUCGUUGCCCAGGGCUCCCAGUUCAGUCUGAACGACGUCGAAGUUGUCACGGCUACUGUGGACCUAGAUGAAGUGAGGUCCUACAGAGCCGCCAUCUCCCGUGGUAUGCAAGCCGCGACAUCAGCUGCCAAGUAUCAGAGAAUCCAGACGCCCUUCGAGCUCAGUUCUGAAGAUGAAGAGUCCGACGUCACGAGAGGACCUACGCUGCCAAUUCAACCGAGAAUCCACUCGGUCGAAGAGGAGGUUGCCCUUUGCGGUGGCUGUUACCUCUGGGACUACCUCCGCAGAUCCGGAUCGGCAGGCUUCUUAGUUCCACUAAGCGGCGGAAUAGACUCGUGUGCAACUGCUACCAUCGUUUAUUCCAUGUGCCGUAUCGUGAUUGCCGCCAUCGAGGAUGGAAAUGCCCAGGUUAUCGAGGACGUCAAGCGUAUCGCGAAAUACGAUGGCGAAGGCGUGCUCCCAAAGACGCCGCAGGCACUUUGCAACCAAAUAUUCACCACAAUAUACAUGGGAAUGAAGAAGCAAAGCUCCCACGAGACUCGCCAGCGCGCAAAGGACCUCGCCGAGGCCAUCGGCAGCUACCAUGUCAACCUCGACAUCGAUGACGUUUAUGAAGCCCAGAAGAAUCUCCUCGUGAACACGAUCAACUUUGAGCCGAGAUUCAAGGUGCAUGGCGGUACCAACCAGGAGAACCUGACGCUUCAGUGCAUACAAGCUCGGAUUCGAAUGGUGACCGCAUACGAGUUUGGACAAAUUCUUCCUACGGCGCGCAACAGGCCCGGGGGCGGGAGCCUUUUGGUCUUGGGAAGCGCCAAUGUCGGCGAAGCUCUCCGAGGUUAUCUCACGAAAUAUGACUGCUCAAGUGCCGACAUCAACCCAAUUGGUUCGAUUGACAAAUCUGAUCUAAAACGGUUCAUUGCUUGGGCCGAGAAGAACUUCGACUUGCCUUGCCUUGAUGGGUUCUUGACAGCCGUGCCCACUGCGGAAUUAGAGCCUAUUACGCAGAACUACGUUCAGAGUGAUGAAGCAGACAUGGGAAUGACAUACCAGGAGCUGACCAUCUUUGGUCGACUUCGCAAAAUCAACAAGCUUGGCCCGUUUGCCAUGUUCCAGCGGCUCGUUCACGACUGGAGUGCCGAGCGCGAGAUCAGACCUGAUGACGAUGCACCACGCUACACUCCUGCACAGGUCGCGGAGAAGGUCAAGAGGUUCUACCACUUCUAUGCCAUCAACCGCCACAAGUCGACUGUGUUGACUCCAGCGCUACACUGCAACGACUAUGCGCCGGACGAUAACCGAUUUGACCUGAGGCCCUUUCUGUAUCCGCCUUUCUGGAGGAGCUUCAGCUUCAAGCGGAUCGACAUGGAGCUGGAGAAGAUCGAGAAGAAGCUGGCAAGCAAGAAGGCGAAGGAGGCUAAAUAGGCAGAGAGCUGAUAUGUUUGCUGGUCUUGACUCUGUGAAACGGGCUUGCAUUCCUCCAUAGAAAGGGGUCAUUUGCUCUGAUCGACAUUUUGGGCAGCUAGGGACUUGGGAUCUUGCAUGCAUAGGAGUAUCUUGAGUCAAACUACCUUACGUACCUACGUUAGGAUGCGAGAGAUUCGAUGUUUGCCAGUGCCAUGGGUGCACGUAAGUUAAGCAACUGGCCAAAGUUCGUAAUGGGUUGGGAUUUGUGCCUCUCCGUCGCCGAGUUAUUGUUCCAAUUCAUGGGGAGGUCAUUUCUGAUAUUCUUUCGCCGGAUAUAAAGAAUAAUUAAUUAUUGAUACAUUUAUUCUUCAA